CAUAUUGUGAUUAUAAACCAUUAUAAAAAAAAUUAGAUAUACAUUAUAAAUUGAAAAAUAAAAUAGAAAAUUUUGUUUUAAAAAAAGAUGAUAAUAAUCUAAUGUAUAAUAAAAGUGGUGAUUAAAAUUAAUUUUAAACAGAAGAAGACGAAGAAAAUAAUAAAGAUGGAAAAGGAAAUACAGCAGUAACUUAUACAUCUAAAUUAGUUUCAAAUUAAACAAAUUAUUUUGCUUCUAAAUAUGAUUAAGUAAAUAAUAAGCUUCUUUUUUUUGGAAUCGACAGUUUUUUGUAAAUGCGUCCGAAAAUUUCGGAAAGAAGAACUAUUAAAGAGAAAGAAAGCAUUUAAAAAAGUCUUGCAAAAUUAAGUAAAGAUAGAGAAAGAGAUGAAUAGUUAAGAAAAAGACACCCUUAAAAAUAUGUAGAAAUGAAGUUAAAAAAUUUUAACUCUUUUAAAGAGAUUUAUGAAUCUGAAGAAAGUAUAAGAUUAAAUUAUCAUGAAAAUAUUAACUUUUAAACUGAAAAGUAAUUUAGAUCAAUUUCUGAACCUCCAAA